CGGAUAGCCAUAAAAUUUGGAGCACCAUCAAACAAUAAUUCAAAGAAACUCUCGAGGCCAAACCCGCCAUCUGCCCUUGGGAAGCGACCUCGAUCACACGCCUUGGGAGGAGCAUCCGAUUCCGAAUCCGCCGACGACGACCAACACCGAGGACGACAUGAGAAGAUUACAGGGUUCGGUGCGGAUGGCGCAGAGACGGAGCGCAAGGCCAAGGACGCAAGAACAGAGAAGAAGGAAUAUGUCAUCGCCAGACAAGCGAACCGCGACUGGAGGUCAGAGGUGAAGGCGCAAAAGAAGGGAAAGAAUUUGCUCCCCGAAGAGGCGAGGGCCCAGCAGGCCGGCGUGUCUGUAGAGACAGAACCCGCGGAUCAGGAUAAGGGACUCAAAUGGGGCCUAACGAUCAAGGAGAAGACUGCCGGGGAUGAGCAAGGGGACGCCGAACCCGAAACCGAGGAUACGGCCCCCAAGGAUGACGCGAGCAAGGAACCACCACAAAAACGGACGGCAGAUGACGAGGCCAUGGACGCGCUACUAGGCAACAAGGUCGAGGACGAAAAGGUCAUCCAUCUAAAUGAGGAGGAUGCUUACCUCCGCGACAUCAAGGAAACAGGAGAGGCAUCCACACUCGACGACUACGAAGCCAUGCCCGUGGAGGAGUUUGGUGCAGCCCUCCUCCGCGGCAUGGGCUGGGAUGGCAAACCGCGCGGCGCAGUGAAGGAAGUCAAGCGACGCCCGAACCGACUUGGCCUUGGAGCAAAGGAGCUCAAGGAGGCUGAAGACUUGGGUGGGUGGAAUCAGGGCGGUAAGAAGAACCGCCGGCCACGUUUGGACGAAUACCGCCGAGAAGAGAGUAAGCGCAAGGACAGCCGACGCAACGAGGAUAGCUACAAGCGCGAGCGUGAGAGGGAGAGG